CAGAGUUCCUUGUUGCUUAUUCUUUCUCGUCAUCUGAUCUGAUCUUCAGUAUGGAGUGAGGGUAGGCAACAGCUGUUGAUGAGUGUCUGUAGUUUGUUGGAGAUCCUUUCCGUGACAAGCCAACUUUCUGAUCCAUAUAACAGCACUGACUCGACUGAUUCAGUGUUGAAAAUCCGGAUGUUGUUCACGCUUUAUGCUGAGUGGAGUGGAGUAGAUUUCCACACUGACUUCGGAUUAGUGAAGGCCUGUGUUGCUGUCUUUCCGAUCCUGGCUUCGACAUCGUCAUCUGUGCUUGUGCCGCCUGUAGUUGAGUCGAUGCUGCCUAUGUCUGUCUGUCUUUCUGUCUGUCUGUAUGUAUGUAUGUAUGUAUGUAUGUAGGUAGGUAGGUAGGUAGGUAG